GUGGUUUUACGUUCCACUACGUUUUUUACGCUACUUCGAAUUGGAGGUAUUUAAAAUUUUAUAUGAAUUCAGAUGCUCAAUCCGACUAUGGGUUGGAAGUAAUCGAAUGGAGGCAUUUAGAUAAAUAUAAUUUAUCAGCAUAUAUCUUUACGUCAUCAUGCAGCAUACGUUUCUUGAUAUAUCCAUUUAAUUUUAUCAAGUCACGCUUACAACUGCAAAAACAAAAUGCAGUUUACAAAGGAAUGAAACAUGCGUUAGUACACAUUAUUCAAAAUGAGGGUUUACGUGGUUUGUAUAGGGGUUACUUAAUGACAGUUCCUCAAAAUAUUGCGCCACUAAUAUACUGUAAUGCUUACGAGAAAAUACGUGAAUCAUUGAAAUUUCAUCUGGGCUUAUCGUCCGAUAAAUUGGUUUCUUCCUUAGCUGGUGGUACUGUUUCGCUCCUAACUCAAAUAAUAUUUGUUCCAACAGAUAUUACUUCGCAAUAUAUGAUUGUUUGCAACAAUCCCUCUGCUUUUAUUGGUGAUCCUCAACAUGCUGCUGUUUUGAAUUAUAUUCAUCGAAAUAAGGCCAAAUUGUCAUCGAGACCUGCUUUUCAAAUUAUCCGAGCCUUAUAUCAUGUUGAUGGUUAUCGUGGCUUUUUCAGGUAUAAUAAGAUUAUAAAGACAAUCUGA